AUGUCCACUACUCAGCAUCCCGAAAUCUGCUGGGCCCAAAGGUCCCAUGUAUCAGAUCCGGAAAAGAACUUAUUAUAUCUCACCAUAGUCGCUACAGAUGUGCCAAAAGAGUCCAUGAAGAUGGAAAUUAAUACACAAAGCAUCUCUUUCACUGGCGAGAACCCAAAGACCAAGAUCAAUUAUAAAUUUCAGAUUGAACUAUACGAAGAAAUCGACACAGAUCAUACCAAGACUCUGCACACCUCGAGGAGUGUUCAGUUGACCCUACGAAAGAAAAAAGUUGCACAAGAAUAUUGGCCACGAUUAACCAAAGACUCCAAAAAAAACGCAUCCAUUAAGACCGACUUUGACAAGUGGGUCGAUGAGGAUUCACAAGAGGAAGCCUCAGCCGAUUUAGGUGAAGGAUUUGAUGACAUGGGCGGUAUGGGUGGCAUGGGAGGUAUGGGUGGUAUGGGUGGCAUGGGUGGCAUGGGUGGCAUGCCUGGAAUGGGUGAUAUGAGUUCCCUCAUGGGCGGUGGCGAUCUUUCGAAUAUGGAUCUCUCUGGUCUCGGAGGUGACGAAGAUGACGAGGCUGAAGAUGCUGACAUGCCGGAACUUGAAGACGAAAAAGAUGAAGCGCCUGCAGAUGAGAAACCAACGUCAAGCAAAGACAAAAUCACAGAAGUGUCCUAG